UUCUGAUGAUGUCAUUGUUAACAGGCUGUAUACUGCAUCUUGCGUUGUGUAUAAUAUGGCAUGUUAUCUGAUGACACAGGAGCCCGAAUCAAUCAGUGUAUAUGUGUGAGGUGGGCAGGAAGGUCUCUGAAGGACACUGAUGUAGGAGGGAGGAGCUGGUGGGAGCUCUGGAUCAUCCAACAGCGCGUGCACGAGAGCAAGAAUGACUCGGGAUAAUAAUACAGUGUACAUCAAUCCUCACGUUUGAAUCCAUCCGUUCGCUUUGCGCUGCUUUCGUCUUUCUCCAACUCUGAACGCGCCCGGCUGAAGGUUCUGGUGUGGUGAAGAAUGCAGAGAGGAGGUGUUUUCUUACGAUGCAGUGAAACCAAAACAUAAUCUACCACAAUCACUGGAGAGUAAAGAGAUUUUGAUUAGCAAAGAAAAACAAGGGGAAGUGACAAUGGGGCGAAAGAAGAUCCAGAUUACCCGCAUAAUGGAUGAGAGAAACAGACAGGUGACGUUCACGAAGAGGAAGUUUGGUCUGAUGAAGAAGGCGUACGAGCUCAGUGUUCUGUGUGACUGUGAAAUAGCCUUGAUUAUCUUCAACAGCUCCAAUAAGCUCUUCCAGUACGCCAGCACAGACAUGGACAAGGUCUUGCUCAAGUACACAGAAUACAACGAACCUCACGAGAGCAGAACCAACUCAGACAUUGUAGAAGUGCUGAACAAGAAGGAACACAGAGGUUGUGACAGCCCAGAUCCUGAAGCUCCGUAUGUCCUCACACCUCACACAGAGGAGAAAUAUCAGAAGAUUAAUGAAGAGUUUGACAACAUGAUGAGAAAUCACAAAAUUCCGGCCGCUUUGGGUCAGCAGAGUUACUCGAUACCUCUGACUUUGCCCAUCACCAACCCCACCACAAUACAGUCCUACAGUACAGACAGCUCUCUGGACACCCCAGUGUCCCUCAGCGGUGCGAACAUGGUGUCUCUGUCCUCAAACACCCUCCAGAGCAACAACAGCCCUGCUGUCAUGGAUGGCAUGCCAGGUUCCUCAGAGGUCCCACUUCCAAAUGGUGUGCACUCCAGUCAUGUGGCUAAUGGCUUUGUCUGCGGUUCAGAAGGAAACAGCGUGGGAAGAGUUGUUUCUGCAAAAUCUCAAGCGUCGUCCACAGUGGGCCGCAAACCAGAUCUCAGAGUGCUCAUUCCUCCUGUGUGCAAAGGCACUGCUGCUUCACUGCUGCCAGAGGAAGGAGAUGAACAUUUGACAACAGACAACUCUCAGUCCAGCCAAUCACUGACCACACCCGUGGUAUCCAUGGCAACCCCCAGUCUGCAUCCCCAGGGCCUUAUGUACUCAGCCAUGACCUCGUCAUUCACUACAGAUUUUGCCUUGAGCAGUACAGAGCCCAGUUCUUUGCAUAGCUUCAGUUCACCAGACUCUGUCACAUCAGGACCAGGGUCUUCAUGGAAACACAGUCAACAUAGUCAGCCAGGCUUCAGUGCUCAGAGAACCACACAACCUCAAGUUCAUGCUUCUGACUCUUCCACCAGCUCCAUCAGCAUCAAAUCAGAGCCCAUCUCCCCUCCCAGAGAGCGUGCCGGCCACUCGCUGUACCCCAGCAUCCACACCAGGCCUCGGCCCAACUCCACGCAGGAAGUGGGCCGCUCUCCUACCGAGAGCUUCAGCUCUUCCGGUAGUUCAUAUGAGGGCAGUGACCGUGAGGACCAGCGGCUGGACUCUCACACGGUCACCGCUACAUCAGGACAAAGCAGUAGAUCUUCGCCAGAGUCAGAGAACCAGGACGAUCCCUCAGUCAAACGUAUGCGCACAGACAGCUGGGUAACUUAGGAUAUGACAUUUCAGAUAUGCAGACUGCUGUUGUGCAACAAACACAAAGUACUGCUUUAGUGGUGUGAAGAAGCGGCUAUGAAAGGGAAGUACAAAGACAGUUAUUGUAAAUGUGUGCAUUCUGUUUGUAUUUUUUAGGAUCUUCAUAUUGUUAAAGGGGUCAUGAACUGCCUGUUUUUUUAUUUUGUACUGUUCUCUGAGGUCCACUUAUAAUAUUAUCAACAUUUUUACAUUAAAAACAUCAAAAUUUAGAAGUAAUAGGCGAUUUUCUGCUAUUCCUGCUUUUAACCCCCCUCAGCAGAGUGCUCUGUUUGAAUAGGCAUGGCAGAAUGUAGAUUUGGAAGUAAACGCCAGUGUACAUUUAUUCCUUGGGGGCAGCCGUGGCCUGGUUAGGGAGUCAGGCUUGUAACCGAAAGGUUGUGGGUUCGAGUCCCAGGUCCGGCAGGGAUUGAAGGUGGUGGGAGUGAAUAACCAGCGCUCUCUCCACCUUCAAUACCACGACUGAGGUGAGUCCCUUGAGCAAGGCACCGAACCCCCAACUGUUCACGGUGUGUGUGUGCGUGUUUGGGUUAAAUGCAGAGCACAUAUUCCAAGUAUGGGUCACCACACAUCACGUCCUUUCCUUUCCUUUCCUUUGCUUCAUAAUUUACUCACCCCCUUGUCAUCCAAACUGCGUUUAAACUACAUUUUGGAAGUUCACCAAUGAAGUCCAUUAUAUGGAGAAAAAUCCUGAAAUGCUUUCCUCAAAAACCUUCACAAAUAAAGACAGAAAGGGGGUGAGUAAAUUAUUUGUAAAUUGUUGUUCUGGAAGUGGAGUUCUCCUUUAAAACACAUAAAUAACUUGGUACAUAUCAAACAAUCUGUAUGAACAGACAAAGCAAUAGUGACCACGUAAAACAGUUACACUUUUGUUGCGACAUCACUGUCAGAUUAGUUUCAGUCUUUUUAAAAAUCCCACGUUGAAUUCUGUCACUCACGUUACUAAUGUAACCUCAGUUCCCUGAGAUACGGGAAUGAGUGUUGUGUCGCUGACGCUAUGGCUAAUUAUAAACGAAUCCGUGGUAAAAUGAAGUAGACAAAGGAGAGAGUUCUUACUGAUGCGGUCUUGAACUUCAUUAAAAAUAAAGUUCAUCCACUCUUUCCUAAUGUUGGGAUCAGAGGGAAUGCACUGCAAAGUCAUCUUUAUCAUUUGGUUUCUGCACAGACCUGCGCGUUCGCCUCUCUGCUAAACGUUAUGCAUGAAUUGGUGAACGUGGCUAAACAGGCAGCGAUGUUGAUCUUCUUCUGCGGAGGCGGUGCUUAAUCUACCUAUUACAUCAUACAUAGGAACAUUCCAAUAGACCAAUUAUAAGUUUAUAAACAUUUGGGAUGCGUGCGCAUUUUGCAGAAAACCCUGGGAGAGAUAGCCUUUACGGCUAUCUUAAAUUAAUUACAAGGAUACGGUACAAAAUAGUUAAAUUUAAAAAGAGUAUAGAGUAUAUUGAUUAGAUGUAAUUUUCAAAAUGUUCUCUGCAUAUUACAAGAACUUGUGACCCAGUGAUAUGCAAUGUUAUUCAAUGAAACUGACAUUAGGUAGUGGGACAGUCUUACAGAUCUGAAGCAGGGAUGACAUUUUUUGUGGGCGGAGCCUAUCUGGUGGCAGAAAAUACGGUUUUCAAGUGGCAGUCUAUGGAGCCAUGAAAUAAAAGAAUAAAGAAAAGGAAAAUUUGACUUUAUUUAUUGAAUUUUGCAGUUCCGAGAUUAUAUCUCACAAUUCCAGUAAGGAAAAUAUCCCACACUUCUGGCUUUUUCCCCCCCUCAGAAUUGUCAAACUCACUAUUUUUGAGUUGAAUUGAGUUAUAAGUUCAAAUUAGGAGAUUCAAACUUGCAUUUGCGAGAAAAAAAGUCAGAAUUGUGAGAUAAAAUAAAUAGUAAUAGGCUUAAAUAAUAUUUUGUGCUGUAACUGUAGGGCUAAUACAAUACGUCCCCUAUGAACAGCAGAUGUGACAAUUACGUAGACCUAUUGUUUAAAUCAAAUUUCUGCUUUAAAAGUACAGCAAUCAUAGCAGUUUUUGUCCAUAGUAUGUACGUGGAAACAUAUGCGUUUAGCUUCAAAUGGCAUCUUUGACGAAAGUAUUCUCUAAAAAUUAUUAGCAUUCCGAUUUUGACAUCAAAAGGCACAAAACUGUUUUCUUCUCUUAUUCCAUGGAUUUUACCCAUUAACUCCACUUGUUACCAGUGUUUUUCUGCAACCACUGUGUGCACGCAGCUGCAAGUGAUGUAACUGUGACGUCUACUCCAAAUUGGUCUAUAGCUGUCGUUUUGGCAGACUGCCUUCAACAUAAGCUGUUUUUAGACUGUCAACAAAGUUGUGAGUUCUGAAAAUUACACGAUGUUAUUAUAGUACAGUAACCUCUUAUAUGUCAAAAGAUCAAGCGUAUUUUGGUUUCUCAGUUCAUCACCCCUUUAAUAAUCUAAGUUAUGAAAUGUAUGACACUUUUUUUGUUAGCUUAGCUGCAUUAUUUGCAGUAUAUUAUUUUUUUGGGGAGUCAAAUGUGUUUGUAUCUUUUGUAUUUUUAUCUGAAUCAUCAAUCAAAGCCAUAUAAAAAUUGAUUGGGAUUUACUACUUGCUGUCAUUUAAUGUGAGUUUUGAUGCUCUAGUUAUUAAAAUGUUUAAUUUUUAAAAAAUUAGAUUAAUUUUUGUGCUAUGAGCAAAAAAAAAAAGUUUUAAAUAGCAAACUUAAAAUCUUCCGUGAAGUGUUUACUUGUCUGUCAAGUUUUAGAUGAACCUCAGGUAUCUUCAUAUCAAUCAUCAACUGGCAGCCAAAUGACACUUUCUCUUUUUUUCAAGAUUUGUAGAGAAUAAAUGAAAAAAUAUCCCCAACAUGAUUGAUUAAUUAAGUUUAUUAAAGCAAUCACCUAGCAACGCCUUGAUGAAAUGAGCUAAAAAUCAUCAAACCGACUUUAAUAGAACACACUUUAAAAAUGUUCGCAAAUAAUUUGCUGAAUAAUUUGUGAAUUAGAUGUUCGAUAUAAUUUUACAUUGUAAAUACUGUUACUUUAAAAUACCUGAUUACAUAUGCAUUUAAAUAUGUAUAUAAAAAAGUAUUUAAAUGUCUUUUAUAGUGUUUUUAUCUUUUUUUCUGAUUCUGCUGAAUGUUAGGGGAAGCUGUAAAGAAACAGUCGAGCUUUAUAGCCAUUUACUAGUUGUUUUGUGAACGUUAAACUCGCUGUCUCCAAUCAGACGUUUAGGUAUUUUGCUGCUAAUACCAAGUUUUAUUUGAUUCUUCCUCCAUGCCAUGUAAAAUCAUUCUUUACUGAUGCCAAUGCAAUCUACGGAACUCUAAGUUGUCUCAGUUUGUCCUCAAAUCAACAUGCUGACCCUUUAUUGUUUGUACACCAUAAAUAAAUGGCAAUAAACAUCAUGUUAUUCA